GGGAAAAAACGGUCACUAUCAUCUUUAUGGGGAGGCAAAAAAUUUCUUCAAAAGACUAGUUGGUAAGCGUGCCAUCUAUAAUGCUCUUUGCAAACUCGAGCUGUACGAAGUAAGAGACAAAGAUAUCGAUUUUAUCGGUUCUACCAACCCAAAAAAGAUCAAAAUUUCCGCCAUUAAGUCCCUUAGCAAAUUUAAUUUUUUUGAAGAAGAGAAAUCGUGGUUUACGUUUGAGAAUGUAGCCAAAUGGAUAAUUACUUUUGCCUCUCUUUUAGUAGCGUUUUUCAUUUUUGAUACGUUUUUUGGUACUAAUAUUCUUGGGACGCUUGCUUAUCCUUUUCGCAAUUGGGGGAGAGGAAUUAAGGUUCCUACGAGUACGAUAUUAUAUGGCCCACCUGGCAACGGCAAAACCUUAGUAGUUAGAGCCACUGCCGGCGAAUGUCAGAAACCUUUUCUCUUUCGCUCGGGUUCCGAAUUUGAGGAAUCAGUGGUGGGACUUGGUGCCCGACGGGUGCGGGAACUUUUUCGCCGAGCCCGUGAACUAGCCAAAGUAUACGGAUUUUGUUUUGUUUUCAUUGAUGAAAUUGACACGAUUGGUCGCAAAAGAUAUUCGGCUCAUCCGGACCAUGCCGAACAGACCCUCAAUCAAUUACUAACGGAACUGGAUGGAUUUCGCCCUCGCGAUAAUGUUAUUGUCCUAGCAGCCACUAAUUCUCUACAUGUUUUAGGUAGUGCCCUCUUGCGGCCCAGUCGAUUCGACCGCAAAAUUUACGUUCCUUCUCCUAAUUUAAAAAGCCGGUGUGAGAUUAUUAAACUUUGCACCCGCCGACUGCUACUCAAACCUGACGUCGAUUUAGAGGAUAUUGCGGCUCCGACUAAGGGCUUAAGCGGUGCUCAAAUUACUAGUAUGUUUAACGAGGCUUCUAUUUUGAGCAUUCGCAGCGGUCAAAAAUACAUUGACUACGAAAUGAUUUUUGAAGCCUACGAUCGGGUACUAAUGGGGCCCUCUUGGACCAGCCAAACCCUAACUCCGGAGAAAAAAAAAAUAGUGGCUUAUCAUGAAGCUGGUCAUGCGGUUAUUGGUCUGAGUUUACCGGAAACAACUGUCAAAAAAAUUACUAUUGUCCCCGUUUGCAUGCGGGUGGCUACACUUGGAUCGAUUUGUGGUCGGGCUAGUGAAGAAUUAAUUUUUGGUUUGGAAUAUAUUACCAUUGGUGCUUAUAGUGAUUUUAAGCAAGCCACCGGUAUUGUUCGGGAUUUAAUUUUGCGUUAUGGAAUGUCAGAUUUAGGGAUUGUUCCGACCCAAUAA